CUGACGACUCCAUUUAAAGUUCAAACACAACCCUUCCUCCCUACUCCUGCUCGAGAUCCCCAUCAGAACUUCAGAAGCCAGUCGCCACCCGAAGCGCCAGCAGAUCCACCGGCGAGCGCGGGGACGAUGGGCGUCGUCUCGGCUGCGGCGGACCUGGCCAUCGCGGUCUUCUCCCUCACCAUCGCCGUCGCGGCCCCGCUGAUCGACGGGCAGUCCGUCCUCCCGGGCGACCUCUACCCGGCGCCGCUCGUGGAGCUCAAGCGGUGGUACGCCUCCGAGUUCGACGACUACCUCAUGGCCCGCCCCCCCGGCUUCUUCCGCGGCAUCAUCUGCCUCGAGCUCGCCUUCCAGUGGCCGCUCGCCGUCGCCACGCUCUACGGCCUCCUCACCGGCCGCCGCUGGGUCGCCACAACCUCCCUCAUGUCCGGCGUCGUCACCCUCACCUCCAUGUCUGCAGUACUCGGUGACAUGUUAGGUUCGGGCAAAGCAACACCAAAGUUGCUUCAGAUGUAUGCUCCUUUUCUUGUUUUUGCUAUCAUUGCAAUCCUCCGUGGACUUUGCUCAUGCUCUGAACGCACUACUGCUGGUUCAUCACUUCGGCCUUCUGCUCGCAAGAAGAGGGUCUAGAUCAGGUUUCUACUACCUGCAUUUCAACAAUUUAUUAGCAAGUCUGUGGCACUUGGAGAAAUUUUUUGGGUUCAGGCAGAGUGGUGCCAAACUAACGCUGGUUCAUCACCUGGACCUUCUCAGAAGAAGAGGAUCUGGAUCAGGUUCCUAUUCCCAGUAUUUCAACGAUCUUUUGGAAUUUAUGCCAGCAUAUGUUGAAAUGUCAGAUAGUACAGCUCCAGAAUUUGUUGUUCCUUGUCCCUGGAAAGUCAUAUUUACCUUGCCUUUAUUUGUAUUUCCCCCGUGGACCAUGUCCUUGUAAUUAAGACCUUGUUUUAUUUACUUGACGACCUGAUUCAACCUAUGGCACUAUUCUGACAUUAAGUUUAGUAAACCUUGUUCAUUGUGACCGUA